AGUUUAAUAUUACGUAUUAUAAUGUGUAUAUAUAUUUUUGGAACAUUCUGUACGUGUUUUGCGUGUUUAUAGCAGUUCUUAUCUUGUAUUAUUGUGAGCAGUGAGCGUACUCAAAAGAGUAUAAUAUCACUAUGUUGUGUUUCAGUUUGUUUUAUGGAGACAAAUGGCGCAGUUUUUAUUGAUAGUUUUCCAUAAAGCACGCUUGAAAGGAGCGUUUGGGGUUUUAAAAAGAAGGCCUGUUUAACAGAUGUGGAUGAAAUAUAAAUGUUUUUGCUGCAGUCGUAAAGUUCGAAAUAAAGAGUAAUCUGAAUUCCACCUUAGACGUUUAAAGUUCCGGUUAUAUGCAUAGCAGUCAUUAGAACAACUGAUAAGCGCAGUGUUUGUGUGACCAUAAUUGUUUGUUUUUAUCGACAAGAAAAUUUAAUGAUUUUUAUUUUACGAAGGGGCCUAAACAUUAAACCACAAUGUUAGUGUAUGCAGUGGUGUUUUUAUGACUGGAAAACGCAAAGAUUUUUAAUGCCGUUUUAUAAUUUGUUACAAGGCCUGUGUUUAAUUUCUAAACUGUGUGCAUAUACAGAAUAGGCCUAUAACCAAAGUAAGAUGAUGGGUCUUCGAUGACAGUCCUCAGAGGAAUUACCGUACUGGCUUCUCGUAAUGGCAUUCCGCCAUAGGGGACCUCGGUCUCGCGCUGGGUCAUCAGGCAGCAGUUCCAGAAGCGCAUCAGCCUCGCCUUCCACAGUCCCGGCUCUAAACUUCACUCUGUAUGGCGCUCCAGCGCCCCGUUCUGCAUAUCGCACUUCAUCUGGAGCUGCUAACGCAAAACCCAGACGUCGAUCCACCAGACCAACGGCCGGUCCACCAGCAAGUCCUCUUAGCACAUGUUGCACAGAUGACUUCCGACUGGAUUUAUCAUCUCUGGCAGCAGAUGAGUUUGGGUCGGUUGUUAUUAGUAGGCCAAAUGGAAGUGAACUGUGUUGUAUAGACGAUGAAGCUGUUACUAAUGAAUGGGGCAAUCAAUUUAGUAAUGCCGGAAUUUGCGCCCAUGCGGAACUUACUGACGAUAAUGGUGGGUCAAACGCUAAUGAUGUAAAUCAAAAUUUACUCAGCAAGGAAUCUGACAAUAUCCAAUAUACAGAAAAGGCAGAACAGUGGUUUGGUGACAUUGAUUCAGAGGGAAAGCCGAUUGAGGAUCGUGACUUAUCCGUGAACACUGGCAGCAGUAGCACGGGGUCUGAGUUUUCGGACACAGACAAAACCUCCAGUGAUUUCAUUUCAUCCAGUCAGGCAUUCAGUGACGAACGAGCUAGUAGUGUAAGAAGUUGUUUAUCGGGCAGUUCUAGCUAUGUAACGCUCAGCGAAUAUUCGGCUGACUCUUGCAGCAGUAAGUGUUUAUAUAAUUCAAGAGAAUCACGUUUCAGCAAUAUAUCAAUAUCUAGCGACAGUCAGUCAUCUAACCGUGAUUUACGGAGUGGAAUUAAAAAUAAUGACCACGUAGCAGCAGACACACUUGCGACGAGUCCGAGAAAAAAGAUAACAGCAGACGCUGUUGAGCAACUUACAAGACGUUUACCUAACGAAAAUAUUAGCCUCAAGCCUCAAAAUACAAAACGCAAAAAAUCGUUGGCUCAGCCUUCAUCAGGAGUUAUCAGUAACCGCAGUAGGAUCACAGAAUCACCGGUCACAGUUCCUCCUCGGGACAAGGACAAUGCGUGUCUGUCAGAAUUCAUUUCUGUGAGCACUGAAAGCAGUACUGGAGGGUCUGACAGCUCACGUAUUUCUUGUGCCUUAAGAAAAGGACAUGGCCUAAAUACUAAAGCCACAGACCCAACAACAAAUGAGAGUAGAGAGACAAGUGAAAACAAAAAGGAGUUAAUCGAAAAUCAAUGUAUUACAAAUGACCAGUCAAAUGAUAAUGAGGAAAACAAAAUUAUUGACGUCUGUCGUAAGGUCUCUGGCCACAGUUGCCUUAAUAAAGGCCACGAAAAUCUGUCAAACGAAUACAUAGUCGAAGAGGGGACAAUAACUGACCAAGUGCGUCUAUGUUGUGCAAGAAGCAUGAAAAUAUGCAACUAUGUGCUUAAUUGUUCUGUAUCGGGUGAGUCACGUGAUCAAGCAGUUCCUGAUCCAGAUACUUACAACGUCAUUACUAACGUUUCAAGAAAUGAAAGUUGUAUUGGCGAGAAAUCUGAUCAGAGUGCAGUAGCAAUGGAAAUGCUCCGGAAUAAGACUCCAGCUGCUGAAGAGGAGGAGUCACUGUCUUCGGGUCUAGAUAGUCGAACGACAUCUCAAACUUCUGUUUCCCGUACCAACAUGAAAAACAAUGAUGAUCUUCAUAUUCGCAAAUUCCAUAACUCUGAAUGUGAAUUUCAGCAACUUUCAUCUCCAAAUAACAAAGAGUUUGUAAGGAAUGUGUAUUCAGUACCGACUGGACCUCAAGUUCCGAAGAAGUUGUUGCAAUGUGACUGUGAAUCUGGAGGAAGAACUAGAUUUUUACUGGAGCGACUUGAAUGUGGCUGCUUGCCCAAUGUUUCUGCUUCCGAUAUUCCUUUAUCAGGCGGAGAAUUCACGGAGGCCAUACUUCAUGCUCGUCAGUUAGUUCGUGUCUUGGAACGUGCAUUAGACAGGGCUUUAUCUUUGAAUACAGAUCGUACGAGCACUGAAUCGUCACUCGAGUACGUCAGUACCAUCAAAAGAAAGCAACGGUCGAGUUCAUUAUCUCCCAAUAUACUUCGUCGUUGUAAAAGAAUCGACUCCAUGUGUAGUCCAGCAUCGACUAAAUCAUUUCUUGACAUGGAAGACAGGGUUUUAGGUCCUGACACUGGUGUAAAUUAUAGGAAAGGAUUGAAUGCAGAACAUACGUCUGACGUGAAACCCCCAGUACCUUGCGAUAGUGUCAGUACCCGAAGGUGGAAUUAUGGAGACGAACCUUACAUGUUAUAUGUAUCUCCUGAACAGCUGCAGAAACAGAGAGCCCUCCUCAAACCUGUAGCCGAAAGGAGACUGCAUGGUUCUGUAGUUCAAGUGUUCAAUAUGGCUGACAUCUUAAAGAACGCCAUCACGAGGCGUCGGAAGUUCAUGGACCCUUCAGAGGAAUUUACCUGUGGGACUAACAGAUCAGUGUCGGAAUGGUCUCUUGAAGGAUCUGAUAUGAAGCUGUAAUAUCUUUCGAGUGUAGCCUGAGAAAUAAUUAUGGGAGCAAAAAACUUUUCGGGCAAAAAAUAAAAAUAAAAAUGGAACACACAUUUUAGUAUUGUUUUUACGUCUUACGAUUUCGAGCUAAUUAAACAAAAUAGAUUAAAAUCCGAGCCAUCAAAAAGCUCGAGAACCAUUAGACUAAUUUUUAUCACAUUUUAUGUUGAAUGUCCUUGCUAGUCUACUCUACAUUUCUUUUACGCUAUUUAUAAACCAAUAUCAAAAGUUAGCAUUCUUGAGGUGAAAGGGAAUAAUGGAGUGAAAAUGCCAGAAUUAUUUUGAUUCAUUGUUGCAUACAUUUCCUAACUCGUUUAAAAAACCCAACACUGCAUCAAUAAGACCUUGCAACCAGAAAGCAAGCUCAUUUCUAAUAACUGUUAAAAAAACCUAUUUUAACUUGUAGCUAACUUCUUCCAAUAUAGGCCAACACACCAUCUGUUACUAUUUGCAGUGUAAGAACAUCAGUCAAGUUGUAGAAUUGAAUAGACUUGAACUAUAAUUAUUUUUAUACUUAUAUGUGUGUAAUAUCAGCUAGUAACACGUGUAUAAUCUUGAAUGCAGUUUAAAUUAUACAACUGUGCAUAAUCUAUAUUUUAUAAUACAAAUUUGGAAACUAAUUGUAAGUCAUGUGAUGAAGUUUUUGUAUAAAUUGGAUGUGUUAAUGUCCUGUUUGGUGUCCACAUGGUUCAUAGACUGUUGUAGUGUUAAACAAAGUAUUUUUGAAGGAAAUAAAUUGGCUAGUUCCUUUAGUAAAACUAUAAGGCAUUGUUCUGUAUGAA